UUCGCGGCUUGACCAAAUUAACAGUGUUCAUUUCCAUUUUUUUCGCCAUUUUUCUCUAUCUAAGAAGGGAGAUUCUGAGCUCUAACAGAGCUAAAUGUGGAGGCUUGCUAGAGCUUUGGCUCCUGAUCUAAGGCAGAAGAGGCUUCUAUCAUGUGCUAUUCCAGGUCCCUGCAUUGUACACAAGCGCGGAACUGAUAUACUUCAUGAUCCAUGGUUCAAUAAGGACACAGCCUUUCCCCUUACAGAGCGAGACAGGCUUGGAUUGCGGGGUCUUCUUCCCCCUCGUGUAAUAUCAUUUGAGCAGCAGCACGAUCGAUUCAUGGUUUCAUUUCGAUCCCUUGAGAAUAAUACUCGAGGUGAACGCGCUGAUAUAACUGCUUUGGCAAAGUGGAGAAUACUUAACAGAUUACAUGACAGGAAUGAGACCUUGUACUAUAGGGUUCUUAUUGAUAACAUAGAAGACUUUGCUCCAAUAAUAUACACACCAACAGUAGGGUUGGUAUGCCAAAAUUAUGCUGGUUUGUUUAGACGCCCACGUGGAAUGUAUUUCAGUGCCAAGGAUAAAGGGGAGAUGAUGUCCAUGAUCUAUAACUGGCCUGCUAACGAGGUGGACAUGAUUGUGCUGACUGAUGGGAGCCGUAUUUUGGGCCUUGGUGACCUUGGAGUCCAGGGAAUUGGUAUACCUAUUGGGAAACUUGACAUGUAUGUUGCUGCAGCAGGAUUCAAUCCUCAGAGAGUUCUUCCAGUUAUGCUUGAUGUGGGCACAAACAAUCAAAAGCUUCUCGAAAACAAUCUUUAUCUGGGAUUACGGCAACCUCGAUUGGAGGGUGAUGAAUAUCUGGACAUUGUUGGUGAGUUUAUGGAAGCGGUAUUCAAGAGAUGGCCAAAGACUAUUGUCCAGUUUGAAGAUUUCCAAAUGAAGUGGGCCUUUGAAACUUUGCAACGAUACCGCAGAAAAUUUUGCAUGUUCAAUGAUGAUAUACAGGGAACUGCAGGUGUUGCACUUGCUGGACUAUUGGGGGCUGUGAGAGCCCAGGGUCGACCUUUGUCUGAUUUUGUAAAGCAAAAGAUUGUUGUAGUAGGAGCUGGGAGUGCAGGGAUUGGGGUGCUUAACAUGGCCAAACAGGCAGUUUCGAGAAUGAUGGGCAACCCAGACAUGGAAGAAUUUGCAGCAAAAAACCCAUUUUGGCUACUUGAUAAAUUUGGCCUUGUCACGAAGGCCAGAAAGGAUCUUGAUCCAGCAGCUACUCCUUUCGCAAGGGGCUUUGGUCCCUGUGAGAUAGAAGGAUUAGGGGAAGGUGCUAGUCUCAUUGAAGUGGUAAAAAAGGUGAAACCUCAUGUGCUUUUAGGGUUAUCCGGAGUUGGUGGAAUCUUCAAUGAGGAGGUCCUGAGGGCUAUGAGAGAGUCAGAUUCACCAAGACCUGCCAUCUUCGCUAUGUCAAAUCCAACCAUGAAUGCCGAAUGCACAGCCAUCGAUGCGUUCAAGUAUGCUGGAGAAAACAUAAUUUUUGCUAGUGGAAGCCCUUUCGAAAAUGUUGAACUUGGAAAUGGGAAAGUAGGCCAUGUGAAUCAAGCAAAUAAUAUGUAUUUGUUUCCCGGGAUUGGUCUGGGGACUCUUCUGUCCGGUGCACACUUUAUUACAGAUGGCAUGCUACAAGCUGCAGCUGAGCGUCUUGCAUCAUAUAUAACAGAUGAGGAAAUCCAAAAGGGGAUUCUGUUCCCUUCCAUUUCGAGUAUACGACAUAUCACAACAGAAGUUGGAGCAGCUGUAAUUCAGGCAGCUGUGGCUGAGGGUCUGGCCGAAGGGUACCAUGAUGUCAGAGCUCGAGAGCUUGAACUUAUGUCAAAGGAGGAGAUUGUGAAUUAUGUUGCAAGAAACAUGUGGUACCCUGUUUACAGUCCCCUUGUUCAUGAGAAAUAAUUCUCAUGGUUUUCCCCUUAAUAGCUAAUUAAGAGUUAUCUCUACGCCAUUAUACUUGUUUAAUGUUUAGAGCUGAAUUAAUGCUAUUUUAACUAUUUCUUUUUGACCUUUUGCUUUGAUUAAUAUGUUCCAUAUAAUUUUAACUGGUACAGAUUUACAUGUUAAGGAAUUGGUGCUUGUAAGAUCUCAACAUGUUCGGGUUCA